UUACAAUCUUCGAAUGGAAAAAAAGAAAAAUCUUCGAAUCGAGUGAUUUUAAUAUUUACAGCGAUUGACGAAGAGCACUCACGGCCAUGGAAGCUCCACGAGGUCACGUACUUCUCUCUUUUUUUGCCAUAGUUACACGUACAUAACCUCUGAAACCUCCAUUUCCACUUCCUCCAAAUUGACAGAAAAAUUAGCUGAAAACAACAAACAAUGGAUCACUACAAAAUAUUAGGGUUAACACGAAGCGCAAGCAAGGAAGAUAUUAAACAAGCGUUUCGAAAAUUGGCAAUGGAAUUUCAUCCCGACAAGCACGUACAUUCACCGCAACAGUUAAAGGAAAACGCUACUCUCAAAUUCAAGCAAGUUUCCGAAGCGUACGAGACUCUGAUCGACGAUCGCAAACGCGCUGAUUACAAUAUUCGUCAAAAUAGUUACCGGAAUUCUGCGAAUAAUUAUUAUAGCGGUGGUAAUAGUGACAAUUAUUACCGUAAUAGUUAUCAGAACAGUUAUAGGAAUAAUUACGGUUAUGGAUAUGGGUAUAGUCGGCCUGCAGAUGGAGGUUCUGCUAGCGUUUUUACCAAAUUGGAAACGGUUAUGCGGUUCAUGACCACGCGGGCGUUUCUCCUCAACGCUGCCUUGGCUGGUGUAUUGUUAGGUGCAACAUAUGUAGUUGAUGCAGGUGGGGAGGCACUAUGGAAGAUGCAAAAUUCUGGAAAAUCGUUUGAAGAAGCAAUGGAAUCUGUAGAAAAAGCAAAAGCAUUUGAUGACAAAAGAUGAAGAGUUGUGUUGUAUAGUUGUUUGAUUUUUGAAAUGCUCAUGGAAACCCCGCAAUCAUACCUUCUGAAGUGGAAAUAAACUAUUGCAAUUUGCAAAUGGCUGAGCUGUGAUCUUCAAUUGCUGUCAAAAUUGCUAUAACUUUUGGCAGAAAUAGAGGGAGAGAGAGUUUGGUAAGGGAGUUGAGCAGCGAUGUACCCUUGUAUAGAAAAAACAAAUCAUAGUGGGUUGCAUUGCUCUUCUUGUGUUCGUGUAAUAUUAUACUACUAACCAAAUAGAAGUGUGUACAGAAUUCUUUUGAUCGGUAAAAUGUGUGGAUAGAUGUCAAAUAGUUA